AUGCAAGCCCAGGACGAGCUCCCGAAAGAAAUUUCAUACACCCCGCAGAAUGGCACUGAUACGCAAGAACAGGAGGUGUUUCCGAAAGCAGCAUCAUACGCCUCACGUAACAACGCCGAGGAGCAGGAACAAGCGAAGUCACCAUACAUACAGUCGCCAAUUUCCCACUAUAAUCAUGAUCCCCACACUGAGAAACCGGUCGGUCAAAUGUCAGUCAACGCUAAUACCGACGACUCACCAACACCAACACCAAUACCUGUCAAAACCAUAUAUGACCGCUUCGACAAACAGGAAGAAUUCCCAAACGAAUACCUUGGAUUCAACCAUAGCUCCAAACGCAAAGCCCCACCCGCUCUUGUCAAAGGCACCCUAAUUCAACCGGGCCAAGCCAGACACGCAGCACGAGUCAUCAAACAAGAAGACAAAAGACUUAGCAAAGCAGAAGAUGCCAAAACCGAUAUACACUACGACCGCCUCAGAGAACAAUGGUCACAGGUUAGGGGAUCGAACCCUUACAAGUGGCUAACCAUGAAGCCUUCGUGUUUUGUUUAUUUCGCUUUUAAAUAA